UGCCUGGCUCUGCCUUUUUGAAGCACGUUUGGACGUGUCGCCUCUGCUGGAGAGAGAGACCUGCUGUUUAUCUGAGGAGCUUCUGAAGCUCUCAGGCUCUCAGUGCUGCUGCUGCUGUUUGUUACUGGUGUUGUUUGUUACAGUGUUGCUCCUCGUCGAUCUGCUGCUUUGAUCGUCGUAUGGAGAGUCUGUCGAGGAAUCAGAGCUUCCUGCAGAACCUACCGAGGAACAUGCUGCUGCUGUGAAUUCCUAGAAACACCCUUCCCUCAGGAACAGACGUCCAGAAGUUCAGAAGCUGAGAGGAGCUUAAACUAGACCACUAGAGUGUUUACAUACAUCAGUAGAGUCUUGCAUCAGGUGUUUUGAAGAAUACUCUUUCAUCAGAGAGGGCCUGUGCCAUGGGGACGUUCCAGUCCUUCUGCAUCUGCCUCUUCCUUAUUGUUGCUGUCGCAACUGAAGAACCGCAACCCACAGUGCAAGGCCGGAGCUCAUCAGGCCCUCGUCUUACUGGCUGCUUUUCCCGGGAGCUGAUGACGUUUCGUUGCCACUGGGAUGCCGGUUCUUUCCAAAACCUCACAGAGCCGGGGGAUCUGAGACUUUUCUACAUGCUGAAGAUGGAUUCAAAGACAGGUGACGACAAUUGGAAAGAGUGCCCGAGUUACAAUUCCACACUGAGGGACAAUGAGUGCUUCUUUGACUCCCACCACACCUUUAUCUGGUUCUCCUAUGUCAUUCAGCUACGCUCACGAGCCCAAGAUGUGGUUUAUGAUCAAGUGCUCUUCAACGUGGAAGAUAUCGUAUUUCCAGACCCUCCUGAAGCCCUGAACUGGACUUUACUGAGUGUCGCUCCAACUGGCCUGAUUUAUGAUGCGGUGGUGAGCUGGGAACCUCCAACCUCAGCAGCAGACAACGUGAGGACAGGAUGGAUGUCACUUUGGUAUGAGACGCAGUUCAGAGAGAAGGGUUCAGAGCAGUGGAAAUCUCUGGACAAUGGGAAGGACACCCAAGCUUACAUCUAUGGUCUUAACACCAGCACUGAAUACGAGGUCAGGGUCCGGUCCAAAAUGCGAGGCUACAACUUUGGGGAAUUCAGUGAUUCCAUCUUUAUACAGGUUUACAGAAAAGAGUCACGGGUCCCCAUACCCCAUGCAGUGCUGAUCUUUGCUGUUGUUGGAAUCGGAAUGAUCUUGAUGCUGAUCGUGAUUUCACGCCAACAGAAGCUUAUGGUGAUUUUCUUGCCUCCCGUUCCUGGACCGAAAAUCAAAGGAAUUGACCCAGUUCUCCUGCAGAAGGGUCAGCUGACCGAGUUCACCUCCAUCCUCGGCACUCACCCAGCCCUGCGCCCGGAUCUGUACAGCAACGACCCAUGGGUGGAGUUUAUAGAGGUGGACAUUGAUGAACCAAUUGAAACGCUGGAAUGCUUUGAGACGCCGCUUCUCAUUGGCGACUCCCCCGUCUCUGACUCUCCGCCCAUGUCCAGCAGUUUCCGUGACGACGACUCGGGCCGAGCCAGUUGCUGCGACCCGGACCUUUCCGAUCACGAUCAUACAGAGGUUCAUCAGCCUUCGACUAGCGGCCAUGACGGUUUUCACACCUUGUCUCCUGCUAAUUCAGGGCCUCCUCAAGAACCUGCUUGGCCGGCGAGCAUGUACUCUCAAGUGAGCGACGUCACACCUCGUGGAGAACCAGUGCUAUCGCCUGAGAAACACAGUCUGAGUGACAGCUGCAGUAACCCAGAUAAAGAUAAAGCUCAUAAGAACGAAGAGAAUGAAAAGGGGAAGAAGCCCCUGAUGAUGAUGAUCGUGUCCCCUGAUGAAAGAGGAUACACUUCAGAGUUAAACACGGGUAAAACAGGCGCACAGCUUUCUGAUAGAGGACAGAGCAAGCCAGACGAUGAAGAUACGCGCCCUUCUGCAGAGCAAAGACUGCAGAAUCCUUUACAUGAGUAUCAGAAAUCCAUCGCCGAUUCAGAAACAACACCCUCUGCCUCGCCUUUCCCCAUCCUUACCAUACCAUCACCUCCAGAAUAUACCAUGGUUGACGGAGUCGACUGGAAAAACAGCCUUCUUUUGAAACCAAACAGCCCAGCAUCCAAUUCUCUCAAUGUUGUGAAAUCUCUCCCAAAUCCUGGGGGAUAUCUAACACCAGACCUGCUGCACAGCAUUUCGCCAAAAUAAAAACACAUUCUGUGCCAAGAAUGUCCCAAGAUAGGUUUUAAGAGCGGGAAUGUGUUUUUUGUUAGGGUUGCAGGACACUAUUAGCCAACACCAAACAAAAAAACAGAAAACAAGAAAAAUAAAUGACUGGGCCAAUAAAGAUUAAAAGCAGAGUUUUAAUCAGGAAUGGGCCGACUCAAACAUCUUGGCGAGCUGUGGCUUAAAAUGUGAAGCUGCUGUUUAGGGGGGAUUCCUAUACAAUUACCCUAUUUUUAUUUUCUUUGGGUUGUAUUAAAUAUGCAUUGCUAGGGCAGGACAAUAAAUGAAUAUCGAUUUUUAUCAUGAUAAAAAAAUGUUUCAGCAACAGUGAAACCAUUUUUAAACACAUUUUUUUGUGAUAUUUCAGUAUCACUCAGAACCCAUCCGAGAGCAGCAUUAAGCCGAUAACUACAUGCCGGUAUUCUGACCUUCAUAACUGAAGACCAGAGUAUCUUACAGACAUCAUAUACACAUAAUAUCAGACAGCAGUACAGUUUGGCUGGGCAAUAUUGUAAAAAGAUAAAAUCUCGAUAUUCUGUACAUAUAUGAGCAAUUCUCAAUUGAUUUUUUUGUUAUAACAGGGCAUUUGUUAUAACCCACAUUAUAGUCAUUAAAUACAAUAAAUAAAAUUAAACAGCUCUGCAUUUUCCUUAUCCCCUAAUAAACCAUUUUACAGCCCAUUCAAAAAAAGCUGCUUUAAUUGUAUUAGCUUACAUAAAAAUGACCCAUAUGAUGAUGUAUUACUCUGCUUUAUGACAGCUGAAGUUUCAUAUUUUGCCAGCUGCAGGAAUGACUAACCUUAGCGGCAUCGCCAAUUAUCCAUUAAUUUGUCAUAGUGCGAGCCUUGGGUUCUAAAAUAUAUAUUUACAGUAUUUACAGCAUCUGUUACUGACUGAUGUUAAUUACAAGGCGCUGCCUUCACUUAACUGCAUUCAAGCUGAGCACAAAGGGCAGAAAUAUGAAUAUGAAUAUUGAGAUUAUAAUGAUAAUAUAUCAUAAUAUAAAAUGUUGCCUUAUUGUCCAGCCCUAUGCAUUGCUUUUUAUUAUUAUUAUUAUUAUUAUUAUUAUUAUUAUUAUUAUUAUUAUUAUUGGUUACCUGUUAUUGUCCUCAACAUAACAGUUGAUGCCUUACUCGAACGAGAAAUUUUGUGUCUUAAAGAAGAACCUUUAAUUCUGUGUCCAAUUCCUAAUUCAAUUUUUAAUUGAAUGUUAUAUUUUUUAUGCAAUAUAUUAUAUAUUUUGCAUCUGUGUUAAUUUUUUUUCUUCAUUUUGUUAACACAGCAUUGUUUCCUUUAGUAAGCUUAACCAGUUUGCAGGGACGUAUAUAGAUAUUGAGUUAAUCUUAUGCAUUGCAUUGUUUAUAUAGCAAAACUUUGGGAUAUAAAUAUAAAUGUCCCCUUUGACUUAUUGUUUGGAUAACUUUUCUGCUAGGUGCCUUUCAGCAGUGGCAAGCAGACUUGUACAAAACGAGGAAAGUGUUAACAGGUUUACUCUGUAUGUGAUUUGAUGCUAUGUAUAUAAAUAUAUCUAUAUUUUUAAUAAUAAAACAUCAGCAAAUAAUAA